AUGAGCAGUCCUGUGGUUGUGAGUCCGGCCAAUCGCUUUCGCGAAUUAACCAAGAAUAUCAACAGCUUAACCAAUUUACUGGGCGUAGAUGUCCUGGCAGCCGAGUUGGAGUUCAACUAUCGCACCUGGACAACGAUAUUUGCGAUUGUCAACUAUGCGGGAUUCACGGUAUUUUCGAUUCUUAAUAACGGAGGAGACUGGGGAGUGGGCCUGAAAGCCAGUUUAAUGGGAGGAGGACUAUUUCAUGGACUCGGAAAAUUCCUGACCUGCCUGUUAAAACAUCAGGAAAUGAGGCGGCUAGUUUUGUUCUCCAGGAGCAUUUACGAGGAAUACGAGAACCGAGGAGAGUGCUACCGUACAACUUUGAACUCGAACAUAGAUCGAUUGCUCGGAAUCAUGAGGAUCAUUCGUAAUGGCUAUGUCCUUGCAUUUUGCAUGAUGGGCAUUCUGCCUCUGGCUUUAAUAAUUUACGAUGGAACCCGAGUCACUGCAAUGCAGUACGUAAUUCCCGGGCUUCCCCUGGAGAACAAUUUUUGCUAUAUAGUGACGUACUUGAUUCAGUUGGUCACAAUGGUUGUGCAAGGCGUCGGAUUCUAUGCAGGCGAUUUGUUUGUCUUUCUCGGCUUGACUCAGAUCCUAACAUUUGCAGACAUGCUUCAGCUAAAGAUAAAUGAGCUCAAUGAAGCCUUAGAACAAAAGGCAGAAAUUAGAGCUCUGAUGCCAGUUGGAGGGGAGAUUAAAGGAGGGGACAAGCGCCAGCAUCUGCUCUUGGAAGUGAUCAGAUGGCAUCAGCUAUUCACAGACUACUGUGGCUCAGUAAACGCACUUUAUUACGAAUUGAUCGCAAGUCAGGUUUUAUCCAUGGCUUUGGCAAUGAUGCUCAGCUUUUGCAUAAAUUUGACCAGCUUUCACUUACCAUCGGCCAUCUUCUUCGUGGUUUCCGCCUACAGCAUGUCCAUAUACUGCAUUUUGGGCACAAUUCUAGAGUUUGGAUAUGACCAGGUGUAUGAAAGCAUUUGCAAUGUGACCUGGUAUGAGUUGAAUGGAGACCAACGAAAGUUUUUCGGACUGAUGUUACGAGAAUCCCAGUACCCGAAAACUAUUCGAAUACUUGGAGUAAUGUCGCUGACCGUAAGAACGGCACUACAGAUUGUAAAGCUGAUUUACAGCGUUUCAAUGAUGAUGAUGAAUCGUUGA